AGAUGUGUGUAUGGAGUAGCUCUUGCUGCAGACGUUCAGAACCACUACUGUGAAAGUUAAUGUGGCGUGAGAGGAAGAAAAACAAACCUAUAUACUCGCUGCCAUGACUGUUGUUAUUGGAUUCGAAGGAAGCGCCAACAAGAUUGGCAUCGGCAUCAUAAGGGACGGUGAAGUCCUGUCUAACCCCAGACGGACGUACAUCACACCGCCGGGCCAAGGGUUCAUGCCCAGUGACACGGCCAGGCAUCACCGCGCAGUCAUACUGACUGUCCUGAAGGAGGCGCUGGAGCAAGCGGGGCUGAAGCCGGCAGACAUUGACUGCGUGGCGUACACUAAAGGCCCUGGUAUGGGAGCCCCUCUGGUCACGGUGGCCCUCGUAGCGCGCACUGUGGCCCAGCUCUGGGGGAAGCCCCUGCUGGGGGUCAACCACUGCAUCGGACACAUCGAGAUGGGCCGACUCAUAACCCAGGCCGACAACCCCACCGUGCUGUACGUCAGCGGGGGAAACACCCAGGUCAUCGCUUACUUAGAGCGGCGCUACAGAAUAUUUGGGGAGACCAUCGACAUCGCGGUCGGCAAUUGUUUGGACAGAUUCGCCAGAGUUAUCAAGAUUUCCAACGAUCCCAGUCCAGGAUACAACAUAGAGCAGAUGGCCAAAAAAGGAAGUCGAUACGUGGAGCUGCCGUACACAGUGAAGGGGAUGGACGUGUCUUUUUCUGGGAUUCUGUCCUUUAUUGAGGAAGCAGCUAAUAAAAUGCUGAGCUCUGGUCAGUGCACAGCAGAGGAUCUGUGCUUCUCCCUUCAGGAGACGGUGUUCGCCAUGCUGGUGGAGAUCACAGAGAGGGCCAUGGCUCACUGCGGCUCACAGGAGGUCCUGAUUGUCGGAGGAGUGGGCUGUAACCUGCGUCUGCAGGAGAUGAUGGGGGUGAUGUGCAAGGAGAGAGGAGCCAAGCUGUUUGCUACAGACGAGCGAUUCUGCAUCGAUAACGGAGCGAUGAUCGCUCAGGCGGGUUGGGAAAUGUUCCGAAGUGGCUACGUCACAGAGCUGGAAGACUCUUGGAUCACACAAAGGUACAGGACUGAUGAAGUAGAGGUGACGUGGAGAGACUGAGGAGCAGCCUGGCUCUGGACUCCAACUGGGCUCAGAAAGGGAAAUGCAAAUAAAGUAUUUUUUUUAUAUAUUUACUCCCGUUUCAAAAGUUAGCUUUUGUAAGCUGAAAGUGAAUAUGUUAAGCCACAAAGCACUAAAUAUGAAAGGGAAAUAAGCUAGGCUCUACAGCAGGCAGCAAAUAAAAUGUAGUCAAACUCUCCAAGUUUAUUCAUUUUUAUUAAGCAAUACUUUCUUACGUCCUCCAGUGUAAUUUUUGCUUUAAUUCAAAUAAAUUUUCAAAAGCUA